UUGACGCGACACACAUCGUGGCGCUUGUAAAUGUGGCAAAUGUUGCUACAACUAUUGUGAACGCUGUUAGUUUUUGGGGCAUUUAAUACGUUUAAAUGUAUGCAUUUGUUUUAUUAUUAAAUGCAACGCAUGGCUGAUCCAAAGCAACUUCCUUGCCAAUAACUUCACUGCGAUCCCAGCGCCCACGAUGGACCGAGAUCUGCUGAGGCAAUGUCUGACCCACCACGGGGAGUCCCUGUUCAACACCCUGCAGUGCGAGCAGACGGAGAACCCCGACUUCCAGGCGGUAGCCUCUGACCUGGCUAAGGCCACCUACGAGAGGAGGGGGGCGGGGGAGGGGUGUUCCCUCGUGGAGCAGUUUAUCGCCCGGAAAGCCGACAUCCUCUUCUGUCCAACGUGGCGGACCGCCGUUCCCCGUGAGGAUGAGUUGGAAGACGAAGAGGCCACAGAGCCGUACGCCAUCAUGCCCCCGGCGGAGCUGUUCAUGGAGGUGCCCUUCGAGGAGCGGCGAGCCAUGCUGUACCGGGACCUGGAGCGGGGGGACGCCGUGGUGGGCCGCAUCAACAACAUCCGGGAGUACGGCUUCUUCCUCACGCUGCUGUGCGCGGCCGGCGGCCUGAGGCGGGACAUCGAGGACCUGGAGCUCUCGGCCUUGUGUCACAUCAAAGAGAUACCUUCCACCGGAAGCCAUGACGACCCUCUCUCCUACUACCAGAUAGGAGACCUCAUCCGAGGGGGUGUGAAGGACCUUGACCGCUACCAGGAGAAGAUCACGGUGUCCCUGCUACCCGCCUCCCUCUGUCCACGCCUUGCACACAUCAAACUGGGCGUGGUCGCCAGGGAGGAGCUGCCCAAACACUACAGCCGCGGGCUCCGCGUGGCCAACGACACCCGCGAGACGUACGAGCGGAUCCUGCGCGGUUGCCACGGCUACCACAACCCCUCGGUGGUGGAGUACCUGCUGGGGAGGGCGGGGGUCAGUGACGACCGCCCCCCGUCGCUGAUGAGGGGACUGCAGAGUAAGCAUUUCCACGAGGAGGACUUUGCGACUGUGAUCAGGAAGAAGCAGUCCGCCUCCUGGGCCCUGAAAUGCGUGCGCUCCGGCGUGGACCACUUCAAGCACGGCCGUCAUGUGGAAGCCAUGAACGAGUACAACAAGGCCCUGGAGAUCGACACCAACAACGUGGAGGCGCUGGUUGCACGCGGAGCCCUCUACGCCAACAAAGGAGGCAUGAUGAAGGCCAUCUCGGACUUCGAGCUGGGCCUGAAGACCUGCCCCGACCACCGCAACGCCAAGAAGUACCUGUGCCAGACCCUGGUGGAGCGGGGCAAACAGCUCCAGGAGCAGGAGAAGUUUGUGACAGCCGAGGGGCUGUACCGGAGGGCGCUGUCGCUCGACGACUCGUACCCCGAAGCGCAAGCAGCCCUGCGAAGGAUCACCGACACCAUCCAGGUGAGUUGGCCACAACACGCGCGCACCAACGCACGCUCACACACACACACACAGCCUCUUGAAGGCCUAGUGGUUCCCGUUCCCGUGACCGAUCACUUGCGGUUCAUUACAGGCGUGUCAAGGAAGUAAAUGCAACGAGAGGUAUAAGCCUUUGUUAUUGUUUUUACAAAGGCUGUAGUUAUUUCCUUUCCUUAAUGUCGACUGGCGCACCUUGCAAUAAAAAAUUGUGCGUAUGUGAAGAAAAAUACAAAAAGCGAGCGUAUGUGUACACGCCUGAAGCGACUGCGGUUUGUAAGACUGAUGAAGUGUUUUGGUGUGUGUGUGUGUCUGUGUGUGUCUGUGUGACACUACCUCCUCCCUCCUCCCCCCCCCUCCUCCCUGGGGACUCUCUGAUUCUCUGCUCCAACCUCUACCGCCUCCUGGUGACGACUGCGUGUGCGUCUGGGUGGCGGACCAUCGACUCUGCUCCGGAACGCUGCUGGGAACCACGACGACCCCGGUGCAAACGCUGACGGUUACAACUGUACCCUCUGUGUGGGGAAUGUUUGGGGGGCUGGGAAAUAACAAACACCUGGACCGCUGCUGUCUCUCUCUCUCUCUCUCUCUCUGUCUCUGUCUCUGUCUCUGUCUCUGUCUCUCUCUCUCUCUGUCUCUCUGUCUGUCUCUCUCUCUCUCUCUUUCUCUCUCUGUCUCUGUCUCUGUCUCUCCCCCCCCCCCUCCUUUGGACUCCAUGCGGGUGGACCCCGCUCUCGGGAUCGACCGGCUUCUGACACGGUAAAAUGUUUCCUUUGCAUAAGCCUAUUUGUCGGUCUGGCUCUCUCUCUGUCUCUCUCUCUGUGUCUGUCUCUCACUCCUUCUCGCUGUCUCUCGCUCUCUCUCUCUCUCUCUCUCUUGCUCAACUCUCUUUCUCUCUCUUAAUCCUCCUCUCAUUGGAAUCCUCUUCCUCCUCUGAAUCCUCUUUCUCCUCUGAAUCUUCCUCCUCCUCCUCCUCUCUCAUAUGAAUGAAUGAAUGCACGGCCGACUGAAUGUUGUGUGCGGGGAAUGGCCUGGUGGUGUGGGUGUCUGUAUCGCCCCCCGCGUGCGUUCGGUGGUGUACCCCUGGCCCUCGGCCCUUCUCCCCCCGCGCGCCUCCAAAGAAAUCAAUCCGUCUGCGAGAAGAGGCUACGGCUAAGGAGACAGAGAAAGCUAAGUCUGGAAAGACCAGUGCACAGAAAUUGCGU